AUGGCUGUGGUUAACAAGUCGGGAUGCGCCUUUGAAGCUGCCCCUGCAGUUGCUCUCUUGUUCGGCGGAUGGAGUAAUUCGGAUAUCUACCUCACUGGAUUCUUUGAGAACGGAGCUACUUUACCCGUAUUCAUCGGAGGCACACUGGGGGUCCACGCGCUUAAAAUCUCGCCUUUAGGCACUGUUGACCCUCACGUAGCGUCCUUCCCAUUGCUCAAGCGCUAA